CUUUCUUACUUUAAAACAAUAGAAGCAAAGCUUGAUCGAUCAACAAUGUCGAAAAUUAAGGUUAUAAUCGCCCUGGCUUUACUCGCAGUGCUAGCUUUUCCGGUUAGCAGCCAACAACCGCCGCUUAGCCAAUGUACUCCGUCUAUGGUGACUACAGUUGGUCCUUGUAUGAGCUUCUUAACCAACAGCACCAGCAACGGAACUUCACCGUCGUCUGAUUGUUGUAACUCGCUGAGGUCUUUAACAACCGGAGGAAUGGGAUGUCUCUGUCUUAUUGUAACCGGAAGUGUUCCUUUUAAUAUUCCUAUUAACCGUACAACCGCCGUCUCUCUUCCCCGUGCUUGUAACAUGCCUAGAGUCCCUCUUCAAUGCAAAGCCAAUAUUGCUCCAGCUGCUGCUCCUGGACCUGCUGGUACAUUUGGACCGGCGAUGUCUCCAGGUCCAGCAACAACUCCAAUUGUCCCAGAACCGACCCCAGCAGCUCAGACACCACAGUCCGAUGCAACUCAGCCUUUUACACCAACCGUGGACACUGCGGGUCCUACGGCUGGCGACGGAGGAAGCACCAGUCGACCUUCUCUCACUUCUUCAUCCGCCUACGCCCUCUCACCAUCGCUUCUCUUCUUUGGCAUCAGCCUCGUAGUUCUCAAAUUCUAUUGA